AUGGCUCCAGGUGACAAUCUUCCCGAUUUCCUCACGAACACAUCUCUCGACCCUAGUUUCGACAAAGACAUCCUCGACACGCAUCUAAUCUACGACUACGACGCGCAAGACAGCAACGGCAACCCUGAAAAGUGGCGGUAUGAAUUAUGGUGCUUCUCUUCUGACCGUGUUGUCUAUGCCAUUCACGGUGGUCCGAUGGCCGGCCGCGUGAACUACCAACGCGCAACAUACCAAUGCAUCCGCCCUGGUGAACUAUGGCAGAUAAACUGGCUUGAAGAGACAGGUACCAUUGUCUCUGCGGUUUACGACAUCAAGGAGGAAAAGAUGACGACGAUGAUUGCAUUUUCGGAAGGUCAUUGGAAAAGGGCGAAGGAGGCGCUGGGCGAUAAGAGGAAGAAGGAGGAUCUGGAUAGAUGGAGGGGCCUGGCUGGUGUGGGAAACCAGACUUCGAGAUUUAUGCUGAGCGAGCAGGCGCAUGUCGUGGAUUCGUUCAAGGGAAAGGGCGAGUUAGUUCCGAUCAAGGAGAGUGAUCCUUUGUUUUGA